AUGCUCCCAGCAGCGCCGCACAGAACCGCCGCUGGCAAGCGCAGUUUCCGCACGCGCAGCGGCAGCUGCGCCAGCAGCGCUUUCCUCGCCGCCCUCCUCCUGCUUCUCCUCGCACGCGCCGCGAUCUGCGACCCAUCACCCGUGUCGUUGCGGUGGAUUCGCCUGGAGCAGACGCACGACAUGCUGGGGUGGACGCCGUCCGUCUACUUCCAGUGCGAGGGCGAGGACAAGCGCGCGCUCACGGGCGUUGUGAGCGCCAAUACAGACUUCAACUUCACUCUGCACGAGUCGUUCCAGCCCCUGACAGAACUCCAGCCACCGCAGUGCAAGCGGUGCGGCUUGUUCGAGGCGGAUUCAUGGACGCGAGACGACACCUUUGCAAUCUUCGAGCUCUGCCCCCUCGCCUUCUCUGCGCCGCCUGCCAGCCAGUUGCAUCUCAACUUCACUGGGGAGUUCCGCGCUGUGCUCUCCUGCCCUGCCUGCAACCCCAAUGGCAAAGCGCUUUACUCUGAAGAAGGAACAGCAGACAGCGGCCCGCUCUCCCCCAUCCUCAUCACCUUCGCAGUCAUAGGCGGCCUCGCAUGCCUCGCUGGCCUCGUCGCUCUCCUCGUCUUCCUCGCCCGUCGCAACCACUACUCUUUCUCCUUCACGCUCCCGCUCUUCCUGCGGCGCCGCAUCGACCCCAACACGGCCAAGUUCCUGGAGAUGUUUGAGGAGGAGGAGGAUGGGUUGAUGGAGGCGCGGUUGAGGCAUGGCGGAGAGGGGCUGGGGGGUUCGUUAGUGGAUUCUUCUGCGGUGGUGGUUGGGGAUGGGAGGGCAGGGACAGGUUUCACUAUUGCUCCGGAUCACUCGCGGCAGGAUGAUUGA